GGUAGCCAUCAUUGAUUCCAUUUUCCAUUAUCGAGUUGUUCGUUCGCAGAGUCAGUCGGUAGGCUUUUAUGAAAACUUAUUAAAAUAUAUUUCAAAUUCUCUCUUAAUUGAGAGAUACUUACUCAAGCGUUUACCACCACGUAGGUAAGCGCGUACCUUUUACAGAAAAAACGGCAAAAUGCAGUUCAACGGAUUCCACAAUCAACAUCCUAUUUUCAGACCACGACUUGACCAGAAUGAACAAUUCGGUAAAAUGCCAUAUUAUAAUGGUGGAGUUCCUGACUUUGGAGGGCCGAAAAACUUUAAUCCCAGAAAUAUGGGCAAUAAGAACUUUAGGCCAAGAUCUGAUUUUAAUGGAGUAAGAAAUGAUUUUAACAACCAGAAAAAUGGAAAUGAAUUUGGAGGGCCCAAGGACUACAGACCAAGAAAUAAUUUUAACAAUCAACAACAAAAGAAUGAAUAUGAUGGUGAAAAAAGCCCAGUAGGAAACCAGUUCUACAAUGGGCAAAAUGAUUUUGGUGGACCUAAGCAGCAGGGUUUCCAGAAAAACAACUAUGGCCCUAAGAGUUUUAAUGGCAACCAAGGAAACCCUAAUCAACAGGGCUAUGGUCAACGAAAAUCAUAUAGCCCUACUAUGGGACAAAACCACCAACAAUCAAUGGAAUUUAAGGGACGUAAACUUCAGAGCAUGAAAGCUAAGCAUCCUGGAGAUGCCUUGGUCAAGCCCAUGUGGGACCUAUCAAAACUGGGUCCGAUCAUGAAGGAUUUCUACAAGCCUCAUGUCAAUGUUGAAGGGCGCACGGAAGAGGAUGUUCAGAUGUUCCGGGCUACAAAAGAAAUAACUGUUAGUGGCAACAAUGUGCCACGUCCUAACCAGAUGUUUGACGAGGGCAAUUUCCCUGAACAUAUUUUGGAAACUAUCAAAGAGCAAGGUUGGGAAGAGCCAACGGGUAUUCAGGCCCAAGGGUGGCCGAUUGCUUUAUCUGGUCGCGAUAUGGUGGGCAUUGCUUCUACUGGUUCCGGAAAAACAUUAGCUUACAUGCUUCCUGCUGCUGUUCACAUUGUUCAUCAACAACGAAUUCAACGUGGUGAUGGCCCCAUUGCUCUCAUAUUAGCACCCACUCGGGAGUUGGCACAGCAAAUUCAAUCCGUUGCUCAAGCUUACAGUGCUAAUGGCUGCAUCCGUAAUACUUGCAUUUUUGGAGGUUCACCAAAAGGACCCCAGGCUAGAGACUUGGAAAGGGGAGUUGAAAUUGUCAUUGCCACUCCUGGUCGUUUGAUCGAUUUCCUUGAACGUGGGGCUACUAAUUUGCGUCGCUGCACCUAUUUGGUGCUGGAUGAGGCUGACAGAAUGCUGGACAUGGGUUUCGAACCCCAGAUUCGUAAGAUCAUUGAGCAAAUUAGGCCCGACCGUCAGGUUUUGAUGUGGUCUGCGACCUGGCCCAAAGAGAUCCAAGCUCUGGCUGAAGAUUUCUUGAAUGAUUAUAUCAAGGUGAAUAUCGGCUCAUUAAACCUUUCCGCUAAUAACAAUAUCAAACAGAUUGUUGAAGUUUGUGAAGAACACGAAAAAGAGAUGAAACUUGCUAAUCUUCUGAAAGAGAUUUCUUCCGAAAAAGAUAACAAAGUUAUUGUAUUCGUGGAAACAAAGAAAAAGGUGGAUGAUAUUGCGCGUGCUGUGCGCCGCAACGGCCAUAAGGCUCUGGCGAUCCACGGAGACAAGUCGCAGCCAGAGCGCGACGCCGUACUGACGGAGUUCCGUAACGGAGCCACCACCAUCCUGAUCGCCACCGACGUGGCUGCACGAGGCUUAGAUGUGGAAGACGUUAAAUUUGUUGUGAAUUUCGAUUACCCGAAUUCAUCGGAAGAUUAUAUUCAUAGAAUAGGACGUACUGGUCGCUGCCAGCAAUCUGGGACAGCGUAUACAUUCUUCACAAGCGGCGACGCUCGCCAAGCGCGCGGACUGGUAGCGGUGCUGCGUGAAACUGGCCAAAACCCUCCAGCUAAACUCAAUGAUAUGGCCAGAAAUAACAACAGUGGAUCAGGCCGCAAUCGCUGGCAACAAAGAAAAGAGAAUAACAGCGGAUCUAGCUCGCCCCGUCAACAGAGUAAUCAGUGGAACAACAAAAUGGCUAAUGUUAACAAUGAAGACAAUCAAAAUAAUUAUCAGGCUCGCAACCAGAACCAACAAGCACCUCGCUUCACAAACCAGAACCAAAACAACCAAGGUUAUAGACAGAACAACUACCAAAAGCAGGUACCAUUCCCCAGCCCCACUGUGUUUGAGUCGAUGGGCAAUUACCAAGGUGGAUACACCAAUGGAUACCAAGGCAACUAUAACAACCAAAAUGGAUAUGGCCAGCGUCAAUUUACAAAUACCCGCAAUAAUGGGCCCCAAUAUCGCAACAAUAACUCCAACAACGGAAACAAAUCCGGUGGAUCUGGUUCAUCAUAUGGAUCACCGCCACCUCAUUUCGCCACUCCCGCUCAUUAUCCCCAAAUGCACCCGCACCAUCAGGAUAUGCUUGGUGGCAAGUUCUACGGCGGAGGCGUCGGUGGCGCCGGGCCUUGCGGUUACCAGGCGGCGGUGGGCGCCGGAGUGGCCUACCCGCACUUGCCGCCCGGACCCCUCGUCUACGCAGCUCCCAUACAACAGUAACUCUACACUACACACGCACUAAUAUCUAUUUUCAUUUAUAUACUACCAACCGCUGGUAAUAUUCCAGAGUUAUUACCGUGUCCCUUAAAGAAAUAUUUUUUCAGAACCUUUAAAUAAAUGAGCUCUCUUAAAGUUUUCAAAAAUUAAAACUUGGAUGUACUUAGCGAGUUCUACGAUGUCUAAAUUAUUACCAUAUUUAAGGUAAGUAGUUGGGAUGAUUGAUGUUGUGAAUCACUUUUCAAAAUAUCUUGAUGUCAUGUUAUAUAUAAAGUUAUAAAUGUCUAAACAUAAUGAAUAUUUCAGUAAAAUUGUAUGUUUUACGAAAACUUUUAUAGAAAAUUAUUCUAAUUUACCUGAUGUAGAUAAAUAACUGUCUACCUACUUGACAUUGGUCAUCCCUUUUAAAAAGAUGUCUGUCUGUGUAAGACGUUUUUUCGAUUCUUUUUUUAUUUCUUUAAUUUUAGAUUAUUACACGAUAGAUCUGAAUGAAAACUAACCAAUGUCAUGCCUAAAAGUUUCUAGAGCAAAUUUGGUUUGAUUGAUUUAUCUUGACUUAAAAUUUAAGAGCUAUGUGUCUAAAAGUUGAUUUCUUUUACCCAUUCUUCUUUCAGAUCCAUUUGUAGUAAUAAUAUAUGUAUACUAUGUGUGUUAGAUUUAUUAACACUUGGCACAACUGUUGACCAUAUACGGUUAUAUUUAAUGUUUAAUUUAUGAUUGACAUUGUUAAAUGUUUAUUUUUUUAAAUGGUGUAAGUUCUCAACAUUGGAAUACACUUAUAAUUUACUAAAAGAUAUUAUGAUUAAUAUUGACAUUCAAAAUUUAUUGAAAAUGUUGUAUUAUUUAUCGGAUUCGCGUCGCGUAUAUUCAACUGUAAAAGGCUACUGUAAGUCUUUUGAAUGUUUGCUUUGAUGGUCAACAGUAUUGAGCCAAAGGGAGUAAGGAUGGUGGAUCUCAAGGAGCAAAUUGUCAUCCACCUUAGAUUUUAAUCAUUAUAUUUGUUAGAGUAGUCGAUGUGGGUACCCUUAUGUGUAAUCCCCGGGUGCCUUUCGUUUUUAAAUGUCUGUAUGAUGUACGAAAUGCACGAAACAUGUAGAAGAUGAGAUAAAAAUGUAGGAGGAGGGCUUUCAAAUGGCAGAUAUAUUUUAUAUAAAUUAUUUUAUUGUUAAAGAUCUUUACCAGUGAAAGUUAUGGGACAAGUUAGUAUUAGAAAAAUUUGAAAAAUGCUUUUGAUAUAUUUCAUAAACAACAAAUCUGUAUUGCCAGAUAAAAUUGUGAAUAUUUUUCUUACGUAAAAAUAUGAUGUCAAUGACAUUUCAAGUCACUGAUUUCGAAGUUAUUUUUAUUACGAUUAGAUCUUAAAGUUGAGUAUUACGUGUAGGGGUAUUUAGUCUUACGUCGGUGCAACUCUCGACAUUGGGACAACAGCUGGUUCUUGAAUGCUAUACAAAUUGAUUCUGCCGUUCUAAAAAAAUGUAGCAAGAAUGUAAAUACAUUGCAUUUAACUUAGGGAGAUUAGUAAUUUGAGCAUUAUAAAUAAUCAAACGAUGGUUAUUUUCUUUUCUUAGCAAAAUAAGUGUUUUCUUCAUAUUUGUUUUUUCGAUUACUUUUACAUAAUGUAAUUUCACAUAUUCGUCUAGUUAAUAACUGGAGUUUCUUUGUACGUAAAGGGGUUCUAAGGGCUAUGACGAAGAAAUAGUCAAUCGGUACAAAGUAGGCAAAGGUUUGAGUUUGUUUAUUUAGAAACCCAUUACUGUCCAAAGAGUAAAAAUCUGUGAUAUUUCAUUACUAUAACCUGUCGUUGCGUUGGUCAAUUGUUAUAAUACAUAGGAACAGUUCUUGUACACGGAACAUGUUUCACUAGACAAAAAUAUAUUUUUUGACUAUUUGAACGAAUUUCAUGAAUGUUUGUGACACAAAGUUUGCAAGUCGUUCACAGAUAUAUAAUAUGAUAGAUGUAAGAUUUAAUAUUUUAUUGUUAUUCAGUUUAGUUCUGUUUGCCGCGAGGUGACUAAAUUAUACCAGUUCAGAGGGACGUAAACGUUAUUAUCUAUGAGCCCCGUGCUUGAUCACAUCGCAGGUGCGGUUUGCAAUAGCCACGGGUCGCGGCGGAUCGGAGCCAGGAGUGACCACCACCGUGUUUAUGAAUCUCGCAUCUUAAACAAACUCUUUGCGAGAUUCGCUUCGUUAUUAAUGUACAUUAAGCGGAAGAAUGUGUAUUUGUGCAUGACUCAUCUCAAAGAUGAUUUUCCAAUGCAGGCUCGCCCGUACGGCAUUGUCGAGCGGGCCUAGUUAGUUGCGUACGUAUAGAUCGGCAAGCGUGUCAAGUAUGGUCGCGGAUUUGCAGGUAGCUCCUGUAUUGUGUACAAAGUACUGCACCCACCUCUACUAAACAACUGUGAUAAUAACACUAAGUAGCGUAGCAGGCGAUUUAUAUACUAGUUACGUCCAAGGGAAGGAAUGACAUCAUAUCUAACAUAUUGUAUUGUGAUAGUAAAUAUAUCAAGACGUCUUUUCAAUACGUUAUGAUAAAACUUUUCUCUAAACAAGACUGAUUAUAAUUAUUUCUAAUUGAAUAUUUUAUACAUGUUCCACUUUGACUGAAUGGGAUUAAGGUGUUUGUAUUUAUAUUGAUAGCAUUCUCGUGCUGUGUGUUUAUUUUCCAAAAUUUAUUAUUCACUAUGUUGGAUAUGUGUCAAAAUGCCCUUUCUAAGCGGUCACCGAGAUCCAGAGAAUUUGAUAAAGUCAUUCGAAUUUGUUCUUUCAUUUAAUGUGAUGAAAAAUGUUGUUGACAAAUACAGUGGCAGCGACAGCAGCAGUAUAAACACUGUGUUAGAGUUAUAUUAUUAUUUGUUGUUAAUUUGCAAAAUUUUAUUUAACAAUUGAUUUCACUUUCAAAGGUUCAUGGUUUCACAGAAUAUCAAGAAUUAUUUUAUUAAAAUUGGAAUUUGUGAAAAAUAUACAUAGAUUUUUAAGUAUGUGGCAAUGCAGAUCUUCAUAAAUAUUGAUUCUAUUAACGAUAAAGUACAUAGUUUAUAUUUAUUCAAUUAUAAAAGAAAUGGAGAGCGCAGGGGCUCGUUAUAAAACUGUCCCAAAGGGAAGUCUUCUGAAUGUUUCUGAGAAGUGCAUUUCUUCUAUGUAAUACAGUAUUAAAUUCCGAUUAAUAAAUUAAUGUAUAAUUA